AUGUCUCGCCAACUGUGCAUCACAUCUGUGGACGGCCACACUGACAUUCAACAAAACAAAACAAUUGGCUCGAUCACGGGCCCGUCCCUCUAUCCUGAUGCCGAUUCCAGCAAAGAGCUUAACAAGUUAGGCGCUAAGAUCGUCCCGCACGACCCUGGCCGGCUUAAGGACAUGGUCCUGACUUUACAAGGUGUGGGCGACGAUGCAAUAUAUAAUAUCACCGUCGAGCUUAUCGAGGCAACGAGGAAGGCCAAUAUUCCUAACGUAUGCUUCGUUAGCUCGGCCGGUUGUGAUUUGGCCGACCGGGAGAAGCAGCCCCGUCUGCGUGAGUUCACAGACUUGGAGGCCAUGUUCAUGUCUUCGAAGGGGGAUCCGUCGACUUCUACUGGGCAUUCUCCUGUUGUGGUGCGCGCCGGGUUUUAUGCUGAGAAUCUCCUCGUCUACUCGCGACAAACGCAGGAAGAAGGCACGCUUCCGCUUCCUGUUGGUGUGGACCAUAAGUUCGCGCCCAUUGCCCUAGGAGAUGUCGCUCAAGUUGUCACACAUGUAUCGUCUGGCGAGGAAAAGCAUGGUUUCAGUCACAGGCACCGAGGGCAGCUUAUGGUUUUGACGGGGCCCCUGCUCUCGACUGGUGACGAGCUAGCCACCGCUGCAAGUAAUGCAUUGGGAGUUGAUCUCAAGUUUGAGGAUAUACCCGAGUAUGCAAAGAAGGUCCUACAGGCACAGACUGAUAGCUCUGAAAUACAGUAUCUGCUAGAGUACUACUCGCUGGUCCGUGAGGGUAAGACGAAUGAUAUCUCCACCACUGCAUUUCAUGAUGUUACAGGAGGACAUCCCCAGGAGCCCCCGAAUUUCUUCAAGACAUAUAGCGAGAGUUUUCAUCAGACACGAGACCAUGAAAAGAGAAAGUUGAGUAAGUAG